UUCAGUGAAUCAGUGCCCUUGGGUGAGAUUCGGCGGAGGUUUGAGCAGGUAAGUGAACGAGUUAAUGAAAUUAAGUGCACUUCAUAAACACCGUGGUGGUAGCAAAUGACCAUCUCUCUUUUGAGUAACAGUGUUGAUUGUGGUUUUAGAAAUGAGAGAGAUCAUGACAGGGACUAAGGCAUAGUAAUUAAGAACAACACUGGUCAGGCAAAACAAAACCGGUCCCUCUAAAAGCACAUAUAUUCCCCUCCCCAUUUUUUUCUAUAGCCUCGUCGUGGGAUCAGCAAAAGCAAAGUAUUACCGCAGUUAUGAUGGUUGCAGUCCUUGUGUUGCUUUUCAUCGCGUUGGUCGUCUUUAUCAUUUUCUUUAGUUUUCUCUUCUGCAGACUACGCUUCAUUAAAAUCCUCGGCUACUUUCUGGACACUUUCAUCCGAAUCAAAGGCUGCCUCAGAUCCUGUUGCGAGAGGACACAGGACAGCGAAGUGAAGUUCCUGCAAACCAUAAGGAAUUGGUGUCACAGGGCAUCAGUGAGUGACGAGAUGACCAUCGUGCACAUGCCAAGCAAUGUCACAGGCGCCGACGGAGAGGAGGUGCUACUGACGAACGGAACGCGAGGCGAGUAUUGUGCAGGGGCGCCAUUUCACACUUAUUUUCGUCAAGUCCCUUCCAACCGCGUUUUGAGAGAAGAUUUGGAAGCUUAUCUGAACCGCGUGGUGAGGAGAGGAGAUCUGGGGGCUGAGUUCAUGAAUAUACCAGUUUCGUUCAAUAAAUCGACGAGCAGCUUCAGUGCGCCGCCAAAUCGACCGAAGAAUAGGUACAGAAAUAAUGUUCUUUAUGACGACACCCGCGUGGUUCUGCAAAGCAAGGAAGGGAGUGACUACAUUAAUGCCAGCUUCGUGCAGGGCUGCCACGACUCCCGAGCUUACAUCGCCACCCAAGGACCCAAGGAUUAUAAAGAAAACACUAUUGAGGACUUCUGGAGGAUGGUUUGGGAGCAACAUUGCAACACUGUCAUCAUGCUUGCACGACUCAUCGAGGGGGGGAAGGUGAAAGUAGCCCAAUACUGGCCAGACGUGAAGAAAGUUCAGGUGACUUACGGUGACUUCAACUUAUCAAUCGUCAGGGAGGAAAAGGAACUUGACUAUUUCAUCAGGAAGUUCACGCUGACACACGCCCCCCCUUCCCCCCAGGUCACCCAGUACCAGUUCAUCGCCUGGCCUGACCACGACGUCCCGCAAGCGCCCUACACCUUCUCGCUCAUGACGCUGGAGAUCCGAAGAAGGGAGAUCACCGGGCCGCUCCUGGUGCACUGCAGCGCCGGCAUAGGCAGGACCGGCACGCUAUUACUGGUGCUUGUUCUCCUCGAUCAGCUGGACAGCGAGGGUUACAUAGACGCUCCUGCAUCGGUUGCUUCGCUGAGACAAGGAAGACCAAUGCUCGUUGAGAAUCAGAUACAGUAUCGUUUCGCUCAUCAGCUUCUGCUCGAGAUUCUGUACAGUGACGUCACGAAUUAUCCCGUGUCCGAUUUCGUCAAUUUGUUGCCUGAACUCGAUAAAGAGAUUAAAAUGCAGUACAAGAAACUAAAAGGGACGGAGAGGAAUCUGUCGUUCAAGUGGGCGUCGAAACCCGCCCACGCUGGACUCAAUCGCAACCUGGAUCUUCUUCCUGUGGACGGCCGCCAAGUGUUGCUCCAGAUGGUGAACGGCCAAGCCGAGUCCCAAUACAUCAGCGCUGUGCGGCUGAACGGCGUGACCCAGCGUGAUGCCACGGUGGUGAUGGAGCACCCGCUGCCAGUGACACUCGCUCAGGCCUGGAGGAUGAUCUACGAGAAGAAGGUCUCGGCCUGGGUCCUCCUCAACACCUACGGGGAGGAUGAGGUCGAGGAAUUUCCGCCUGUUAUUCCCGCCGGAGAGAUGAACCUCGGCUUCAUAACGCUCACGCUUGACGGAUCCCGAAGCAAGGGCUUCUGCCUCGAGUCUCAGGUCACCCUCGCGCCCGUGAGAUCGCGGUUCGCCGUGGCCCACUGCGUGCGGGUGCUGCAGCUGAUCGGGUGGCGCCGCGGGUCCGAGUUCCCCGACAGCACCAGCAACCUCCUUUCUCUGCUGGAAGCGGUGCGCGAGAUCCGGGGGAAGGCGCCGACCAGCCCCGUGGUCUUCACCUGCGGGGACGGCUGUACUGCGAGCGGGUUGGCGGCGGCGCUGGACGUUAUCCUCACGCGGAUUGACCUCCUGCGGGAAGUGGAUGUCUACAGGGCCGUGCAGGCGCUGCUCUACGAACGGCCGCAGUUCAUCACCUCCUUCAAAAUGAAACCAAGGGAGAAAGAAGAGGAGGAAACAUUGAUAAAUGUGUGAAUGGGGCAUAACGACAAGAAGUUAACGUAGCUGUAAUUGAUAUGUAGAUUGUCACUGUGGUCAUAAGAUUGACGUCA